UGCGGCCCCACUAGGAGCGAUUUGCGUUUUUGCGUUUGCGAUAGCGUUUUAAGCGUUUUAGCGAUUUUAUCAAAACUAUGAAAAUUAGAUAAGAAUGGCCCCAUCUAGCGCAUUAUGCGUUUUGCGUUUCGAGCGAAACGCGCGAGAAACGCUUUAUAUCAAAAUAGUUUGAUAUUCUGCGAUUAAUCGCGAUCAAGAUGUCAUCAGUGACGGUUCUAGCAGAACAAAUUGCAUCCGCUGUGUUUCUCCAGGAACCUAUCUGGAAUCCGAAACACAAAGGCCACGGAAAUAGGACUACUAUCCAAAGAUGUUGGUCCAAUAUCUCAAAAGAUUUAAAUGUUGAAAUUGAUUUAUUAAAAAAUAAAUGGAAAAAUAUGAGGGAUUAUUAUCGAGUAGAACUUAAGAAAAAUCCUCCCGGACGUUCGGGUGAUGGUGCUGACGACGUUACGUCUUCCACUUGGCCACUAUUUACAUGUUUAAGCUAUUUGAAAGACACGAUGCAAAGUCGCCCUAGAGCUACAAAUUUAACAUUCAAUUCAGCAAUGAGUACGACUUACGAAAAUGAUUCUGUCGAAGUAGAAACAAUUGACGCCACUGACAAUUUUUCUCAAUUUGACGUCGAUGAAAAUAGUGGUGGAGAAACAGUUUCGGGUGUUGGUGCAAGUAUUCGACCAGAUAAUAACGUCAUAACAAAUCCAACCAAUAACCAUACGCAAAAAACCCGUAAGGCGGCGAUGAAAAAUUUUAGACAAGAAUUGUUAGACUUAGAGGCAAAAAAAAUUAAAUUAUUGGAAAAUGAAGAUAAAUACGAUGAAGACUUAAUGUUCUUAAAAAGCCUACUACCGGAUUUAAAAUCUCUACCAAGAGCACAAAAAAUAAGAACAAAAAUUCAAUUGCAAGAAGUUUUAUACAACGCAAUUACGGCAGUUGAACCUACAGUUUCCACUCAUAUAUUAACUACACCUGAAGCAUCAACGCAAUCGUCACUUUCUACUGAAGAAAACACUCAUUGGCAACCAUGGCAUCCUCCAGAACUAGACCAGCAGUACGAAAACUCACAAUGGGAGAAAUAUCAAGAAGGUGAUAAUGUAUACGAUUCAAAUCAGAUAUAACCAGUUAUAGUACUUAGUAAUAUUCUUAUGGUAAGGAAAUCAAUUUUAAGUUUUUUUUUUUAAUUAUAUUAUGUCAAUAAAUAUUUUCGUUGAACGCUUAUCUUGUUCAUUUUAUUUUGAUAUUAAUUAAAUAAGUAUAAUGUUGCAAGUAGGCAGAUAUGAAUACGACUUUAAAGUAAAAUUUAGGUACUAAUUUACUAUAGGUAAACCAUGGGUAAAUAGAUGU